GGCUGAGGCAGACACGACAUACGGAAGUGAAGUGAACACGAAACGGAUCUAGUAGUACAGUAACACCUCAAACAUGAUAAAGGUUUACAUUUAUUUAAAUGUUUAGAUGAGGUACACUUAGAGAACGCAUCAACCACCUCUAAUGGAGACGAAUUAUUGAUAAAAAGCGUAUCUAAUAACAACUUCCCGUUUUGUUGAUAUUAUAUUUAUUUUGGGAACUUCACCCAACUGGUCAGAUUUUCUUAAGCAUGAGCGGCCAGCAGGUGUCGCUGUUACUGCAGGAGUGUCUCAGGCGGGCAGUGAGCGGACCGACCGGAACUGCAGAGGCUCUUCCGCCGCUCAGCGAUGAACUGAGCUCACUGUUACAGGAAGCUGCCGACAUGAAGUGGCCAUUCGUGGAGGAGAAAUGGCAGUACAAACAGUCUGUGACAUCUGAGGAUAAAAUAAACUCAUCCGAUCUCAUUAAAAAACAUCUGCCGCAGUUGCUGAUAUUUCUCAGAGAAAGCAUCACAGCUGAUGAACCGAAGUGGGCUGUCGCAGUUGUCUUUCUGCUCGAUCGUCUUCUGUAUUGGAUGGACAGCUCUCAUGUCCUACUGAAGAUUGCUAAAACGUUGCACAAACGUUAUCCAGAGAUCCCCAUCGCCCCUCAGGUCAUCAUUAGACAAGCCCGUGUAUAUCUGAACAGUGGUAAACUACAGAAAGCAGAGUACAUCCUCAGCAGUCUGAUCAAUAAUAAUGGAUCAACAGGCGCUUGGACGUAUCAGAAGGCCAGUGAUCAGACAUUAGUGCAAGCCGUCAGUCUUCAAGUGCGCGGACAAGUGCUGCAGAAGUUAGGUUUGUGGCUUGAGGCCGCUGAACUCAUGUGGGCGUCCUUAAUUGGCUUUUACGCUCUUCCUCAACCUGAUAAAAAGGGCAUUGGGACAUCCCUCGGGCUGCUGGCCAACAUACUGAUAUCCAUGAACGACAGCGACUUUGCUGCACUUCAGAAAAAGCCUCACAUUGACUUUAGUUUGCUAGGAGAACGUCGUCAUCGUCUGCUGUCUGCAGCGCGGGCUGCAAAAAUGGCGGUUGUGUACAGUCAGUAUGGAUCUCUGUACGUUCUGACCAAUGUGGUUGCCCAGGGUACUUGUUUACUGUCCUACAGUUUCUCCAAAAAAUGCCCCGUGGACGACCAGCAAACUUACCUCGCCUUGGCUAAGGAGGCCUUUGAGAUUGGCUUGCUAACAAAGACAACAGGAGAUGUUGUCACAAGCAAACUGGAGUUACACACUUUUCUUAAAGCUGCUUACUGUUUAGCCACAACUCACAGAUGGAUGGCCGGUCUAUCCCAAAAGAUCAACAUGGCAAUGCAAACCUGUCGGGAAGCCAUGACUAUAUUUUUAGACUACUGUACGGGAGAGCAUUCCACAUUGUGUACCGAGAUCAUGGCAAAGAUACAAAAGAUUAAGUUGUUGCUAAAUGUGCAAAGCUUCCGUAAUUCAGAUCCGUGCUCUUUUAUUCCCGACAGCUUCCGCUCUGUUGAGCUUGUGCCCAUUCUGUUCACUCCCAGCGAUUUUGCGAAGGUUUUGGACGGUUUUAGAAUACACCACACAUCGGUGUGCGAGGCGUUGGAGAACGAUGAUUUGAGUGAUCCAAAAGGUGCUUCAAGCUCAACUCAUGUACACUGUAUAACAGCAUUUCAGACAAACACUGAAGUCCUCACAACGGAGUGCGAUACUGAGAACUUGGCACACCCAGGACAUGUGCAAAAGGCACUUGGGGGUCGAGUGGACCCUUCUAGACCAGCUCAAGAGGAUAGUGAUGGAUGCAGCGAAGGAGGUUGGAAAAGAGAGUCCAGUGGAUCGUUUUCCUCCAGGCUGAAUCCAUCUAGUAGUGGAUGUUUUUUUCUAGUUGAUCCAAAUGGUUGUACUGAGACACAAAGUUCUGUCGAUGAACAAAGCAGCCUUGGAUCUUUCGAGGCAGUUCCCAACUACAGCAAUGGAAGUCAUGGGAGCAAUCAAAGUAGCAAUGGUUCUUCCAAACCCAACACGUCUACACACAACAAGACAGUAUUCCAAGAACUUUGCACAACAGAAGACAGUGAGGACAUUUCACCAGUCAGCAAUAUACCGGAUGCUUCAGGUACAAGUACCCAACAAAGAGACAAGAAAAAUCUAGAUGCAAGAACUUCCUCAAGUAGCUUGGACUCUUCGUGGGAGAAGAUAGCAGUACAAACUCAAAGUGCCAUUGAAACAAUGGAGGACAUACUAGACUCCUCUUACUUUACCAACCAAACCACUUCCAAUUCUGUAACCAAUCCAGAUGCAAAAGUCAAGAGCACUAAAGAUGGGAGCACUUCCUCCUACUCCCUGAUUGAUAGCUUUGGAUCGCACUCCUCUUGGCAAAAGCUGUCAAUGAGCCCUGUUACAAAUCAGCCUGCCAAUGAGUUCCCACUUCAUGCCUCAGGUUCGAUGUUUUCUUCAAACAAGCUUCUCAAAUCACAAGGUAAUUUAAAACCUGCUAUUCAGACCAUGGGAUCGACUUUAUCAUCCACUGAGAGCGAUGCAUUUGAAGAAUUGGGUUUCGAGCAUCUAUCAGUACAGCAAAGUUCAGGCGUACUCUCCUCUACAAAAGACAAUGCAGAGUCAUGCAAUGAAUGCUUCAAGAACUGCAUCAGUGGAAGUGACGUUCUGACAGAACAUGACUACAAAUCUCUGUUUGCUGGAGUUUGUCAUAGUUGUUUAGUCAAGAGAUUGCCGAACAAAUCAGUAAAACCCCUAGAACCUCAAGAGUUGAGCAAGGCCUACAAUGGCAUUGUCUUGAAAUUCUCAAAGGCCACAGAUGUGUGGAUGGGCUAUGAAACCAGUGUUUACAUCGGAAAAUGCACUGGUGACAAAGGCAAACAGAGACAAGCCAUGGAAGUGCAGCACCUCCAUCAGGAACAACUGCUCAGCAGCUAUGUAGGAAAGGAGUACCUGAAUGAAAAAGGACUCCAUGCCCACCUCAACGACGUGGAGAGACAGAUGACUGCACAGUAUUACGUUACCGAGUUUAAUAAACGCCUCUAUGAUAAUAACGUCACCACGCAGAUCUUUUUCAUCCCCUCUGAAGUGAUGCUGGUUCUGGAGAAGGAUCGUAUCGUAACAUGUUUGUCUGCAGAACCGUACAUGUCUGGGGAGUUUUUAAAGAUCACAAACAACACAAAAGAAACAUAUGUGAAGCACCAGGCAACAAAGUACGGCAUCGCCUUUGGUCAUUUCACAUACGAGUUCUCCAAUCAUGAGGAAGUUGUGGUGGAUCUCCAAGGCUGGGUGACAGCCAAUGGGAAAGGUCUGACCUAUCUGACUGACCCUCAGAUUCACUCGCUCCGAAAACCAAGAUCUAGUAACUUUCAACAGAUGGGAAUCAACUACUUCCUGAAAUAUCAGCACGGAGAUGAGUGUAACGAGAUCUGUCGAGCUGCUGGACUCAAGAGAAUUACUACAGAGAGAUAACCAUGAAAUUAUAGUCUAUAAUUCAGUAAACAAUAUUUACGCAGCUCUCUGGAAUACUUGAUUGUGAUUGGUCAAUGGCAGCAUGCUGUAAACUGUAUUAUAAAUGAUUCCUACAUGUUGUGCUAGUUUCAUGUCUCUCGGAUCUCUCCAUACUACAAAUACAAUCAUUCAAAUCUAUGUUUCAUGUACAUUAAUCAUUAUUUUUUUUAUUUAUUGAUAAAUAGACAAUUUAUCAAAAGUCUACAUUGAACCAAUCAGGGAUUCAAAAUCCAAUUUGGACCUAGAAAUCUUUGGAUUUUGAACAUUUAAAAACAAAGAAACAUGAAAUAAAUUGAAAUUAAAUAGCAGUGUAUUAAAUAAAAAAAGCAAAAAAGGUUAAGUCAUGCACUAAAUAGGGAGCAAGGGAGCAUCCUAUAGCUCUCAGACAGCACACUGGAGGUUAAGUCAUGCACUAAAUAGGGAGCAAGGGAGCAUCCUAUAGCUCUCUAUAACUGUUCUGAGACCAGUGCAGACAGACAGCACACUGGAGGUUAAGUCAUGCACUAAAUAGGGAGCAAGGGAGCAUCCUAUAGCUCUCUAUAACUGUUCUGAGACCAGUGCAGACAGACAGCACACUGGAGGUUAAGUCAUGCACUAAAUAGGGAGCAAGGGAGCAUCCUAUAGCUCUCCUAUAACUGUUCUGAGACCAGUGCAGACAGACAGCACACUGGAGGUUAAGUCAUGCACUAAAUAGGGAGCAAGGGAGCAUCCUAUAUCUCUCCUAUAACUGUUCUGAGACCAGUGCAGACAGACAGCACACAGGAGGUUAAGUCAUGCACUAAAUAGGGAGCAAGGGAGCAUCCUAUAGCUCUCUAUAACUGAUCUGAGACCAGUGCAGACAGACAGCACACUGGAGGUUAAGUCAUGCACUAAAUAGGGAGCAAGGGAGCAUCCUAUAUCUCUCUAUAACUGUUCUGAGACCAGUGCAGACAGACAGCACACUGGAGGUUAAGUCAUGCACUAAAUAGGGAGCAAGGGAGCAUCCUAUAGCUCUCUAUGCAGUUAAGUGUGUUCACUCCUAAAAUCUGAUCAAAAGUUCAGUUUCAGGCUGCAGAUGAUGUUUGGAUCACUCAAUGAUCAUCAGUUCAUAGAUUCAACAUUUAAUGUUUUAUUUGAACAUGAUUGUCAGUGAUUGGAUGAUGCUGGACGUUACUUUCAAUCUGAAUUAAUUAUGAUAAUUUAUGAUGUCA